CUUUGUAAACUGAGAUUUUUUUAAGCGAUCGAUUGGCGGGUCGCUGUCAUAGCAACCGUCACACACAUUUUCUCUCUGUUUAUAAAAAUCCUGAUGACUUGCCAAGUGGAAUUUUAUUUAUUAUUUUUUAGUUUUUUCUGUAAUAACCAUGUCCACCACUCUGGACCUCGCACUGGAAGGGGAACGUCUCUGUAAAUGCGGGGAUUUUCGGUCAGGCGUUGCUUUCUUUGAGGCAGCAAUCCAGAGCGGGACGGAGGACUUGAAAACCUUGUCUGCAAUUUAUUCGCAACUUGGCAACGCUUAUUUUUUCCUUGGCGACUACUCAAAAGCCGUUUUAUUCCACAGAAAUGAUUUGACGUUGGCUAGAACGAUGACGGACAAACUGGGCGAAGCAAAAGCGAGCGGUAACCUUGGCAACACUUUGAAAUUAAUGGGAAAAUUCGACGAGGCUAUUUUAUGCUGCAAGCGGCACUUGGAGUUGGCCACGCAGUUAAAUGAUGAUGUCACCCGUUGCCGAGCGCUGUACAACCUGGCGAACGCUUACCACGCGAAGGGGAAGCACGUGGGUCGCCUGGGGCAACAGGACCCCGGAGAAUUCCCAGACGAAGUCAAAGACUGCCUCGAAAAAGCCAUGGAGUUUUAUGAACAAAACCUCCAGCUGACCCGCGUCCUCGCUGACCGUCCCGCGGAGGGCCGAGCCUGUGGUAACCUUGGCAACGUUCAUUAUUUAAUGGGUAAUUUCGAAGAAGCCAUCGGUUACCAUGACAAAAGGUUGGAAAUUGCCAAAGAAUUCGGGGACUUGAAUGCCCAAAGGAGGGCGUUUACCAACUUGGGAAAUGCCCACGUGUUUUCCGGAGAGUUUGAAACGGCGAGCAGGAUGUACUUGUCGUCGCUAACGCUGAGCCAGACGCUGUCGGACCGUUGCGUGGAGGCGCAGGCGUGUUAUUCCCUUGGCAACACGUACACGUUGCUAAGGAAUUAUCCCCUCGCGAUUGAGUACCAUUUGAGGCACUUGAACAUUGCCACUCAGCUCUCGGAUCGGGUCGGGGAGGGAAGGGCUUAUUGGUCCCUCGGGAACGCCCACUCGGCCCAAGGCGAGCACAAGCUCGCUCUGGACUACGCCAAAAAGCACCUCCAGGUGAGCCAGGAACUUGGCGACCAGAUGGGCGUGGCCACGGCGCGCAUGAACGUGGGUGACCUGCGGGGCGUGGUGGGUUGCGAGGAGAGCGACGACGACGGGGGGGAGGAGGACGAGGACGAGGAGGAGCAGCCCGCAGCGAGCACGAGCAGGAGGAAAUCCAUGCAGGAAAUGAACCUCAUUUUGAAAAUGACACCGGAUGGGAAAUUAUUAGGGAAGCAGGCGGGCGGAGGGGGAGGAGCGGGGAAGGCGAAGGGGAGGAGUUUCAGCGUGUGCUCCCCUCCCCACCACCACCACCACCGCCCCCCCAACACCUCAUUUCUGAACAACCCCCCCUCCACGGAGGACGAGGAGUCGGAUGCGUUUUUCGACAUGCUGACGAAAGUGCAGGCGGACCGGCUGGACGACCAGCGCUGCGAUCUCAAAACCAACAAAUCCAAACCCACCCGGACAAACAGCCUCCCCGUGGACAACAGGAAAAAGAAGGAAACCAUGGCAACCUCCUCGGACGAUUUGUUGGACCAGAUUUGGGAAAUGCAGUCGAAAAGGAUGGAUUCUCAGAGGGCGGAGUUGAUUCCAGAGGAGGGCGCCGCGGGCGCGGCCAGCGCGACUGGAGCGACCGGAGCCGCGACCGCGGGAGGCUCCACCACCGAAGACGAAGAGGCAUUCUUCGACAUGCUCAUGCGUUGUCAGGGCUCCCGCCUGGAAGACCAGCGCUCCGAGUUGAAAUCCCCCGACGUGGAAAUCGUGCCAAGUAGUUCGAGUUCAAGCGCGGGGGCCCCACCGCGCCGCGGCCUCACCGUUCCCGACGAAGACUUUUUCUCACUCAUCGCGAGGUUGCAGGACAAAAGGAUCGACUCCCAAAGGGCAGAGAUCAAAGAUGGCAAUAGAAAUGUCGUGGGUUGAUGCGGGGUUUUUUUGAGGGGAAUAAAAAUUGAUGAUGUGUUUGGAUUUUUUUGAGUGUGUUGAUUUUUUUUUGUGCUAAAAAUUGGCGUGCUAAAUUUUUGUGCCAAAAUUUUAGCACAGAAAUUGGCACAGAAAUUGGCGUGCUAAAAUUGCAUUGCCAAAUCUGUGCUAAUUUCCACCCUAAAAUUCUCAAAAAAAAAAUCCCAAAUUUCUAUAGAAACUUCCACUGCAUCCACCUCCACAUCGCAUCUCUCACACCACCGCCGCGCCACCUGCCCACCGCCCGUCUUCACUCCUUUGGAAUUUCCAUUUUUUGUGCAGCAAACACACACACCCUCAACAAAAUCAUCGCUUUUUCAUUUAUUUAUUUAUUAUUGUUGCCAAGGAAACAAAUUUUUAACGUUUUAUUUCCCGUGCCCUUUUUUUCUCCGGGGUGCGUUUUAUUCUUCAAAGUGGGGGUCAAACUGUGGGGGUGGUCGUUCUGAGGUUUUAAAAAUUGUGGAAAGUCCAAAGUUUUCGUGUUGUCAAGGAUUUGUUUGAGGG